UCUGGAUCACAUUUAAAACACAUGUUCAUGCUGCUCCAGAUAAGCUGAACUCUGUGGAAAUACAGUGGCUUUGGAUUUAACAGCCAAGGCAGGGACAGACAGAACAGACUUACAGACAGACAGAGCAAGGCAACAUCAGACAGACAAACAGAACCAGGGAGACAAGGCAGGGGCAGACAGAACAGACUUAGACAGACAGAGCAAGGCAACAUCAGACAGACAAACAGAACCAGGGAGACAAGGCAGGGACAGACAGAGCCAGGAUGACAUGGUGGGGACAGAGAGACAGACAGACAGCCCUCUCAACCCUGAAGGACGGGAACUAAGUGCGGGGCCAUGCUCGCUCGAUGUGACAAGCAGGCCCUUUAACGCAGAGGCUGAGACACAGUAGAUAAUGAGAUCUGAAGAGGUCUGGACUAACUGGGGAGAAGAGAAGAGGGGGGAUAGUCAAGACAGGCAAAAGAAAGAGAGACAGUCUUAAGAGUCCUUGCUUGUAGUUGGACCAAUAGAGAGAGUCUUAAGAGUCCUUGCUUGUAGUUGGACCAAUAGAGAGAGUCUUAAGAGUCCUUGCUUGUAGUUGGACCAAUAGAGAGACAGUCUUAAGAGUCCUUGAGGCAGUCUCAAGUGACUGAGUGAAACUCUAAGUGUCCUUGCUGUGUGUAGUUGGGGGGAUAGAGAGAGAGGUAGAGGUGUUUUAAAUCCUCUUUAGCUGUUCCAUUUGCUCUGGGGUGUCUGUGGCCAGACGGAGAGGGAGAGAGGGAGAGGUGUCUGUGACCAGGGAGAGAGAGAGAGAGUCUGUGACCCGGGGGGAGAGAGGGAGAGGUGUCCGUAACCACAGGGACUGUGACAGGAGCUUGUGUGUGGUCUGAGGAGUCAGCGCCGGUCUGAGAGGGGCUGGUCUGUAGAGAGGAGACUCCUUCCUCUGGCUCUGCUCUCUAUUAUAGAGGAUUACCCAAUACAGAAACAUCUCCCUGUUACAGGGGAUUACCCUGAGAGAAACGGCUCUCUGUUAUACAACUUCUGUCCAGAGACUGAAAAUUCACCGUACGGAGACAGAAGGAGAACUUUGAACACAAAAGAGACUGAGAUACAGCAUUGAACCAGAGGAUGCAGAGGAUGCUUGCUGCCGGUGUUGGAAUGAUGCUGGUGUUGGUGAGGUUGAACUUGGGAAUGCCUAACAAGGUUCAAGAUGAUCCCAGCUCUCUCAGGGUGAUCAACCAGGAGAAGUGGGAGAGGGAUGUGCGUUCGGCCUCCAGUCUGGACGAGCUGCUCAUGCUGACAGAUUUCCCUGACUGGAAGCUGUGGAAGUGUCGUCUAAAACUCAAACACCUGGAGACGUCUCCCUCAUCCUCUUCCUCUCAGCAGCCCAACUACCGUUCCUCCUCCUCCUCCUCCUCCUCCUCCGCUGGAUCUGGGUCACACCGCUCCACGCGCUACGCUGUAGCAUCCUACAGCCUGGAGAUACUCAAAGCCAUAGAUGAUGAAUGGCAGAAGACCCAGUGCACGCCCAGAGAGACGUGUGUAGACGUGGCAAAGGAACUGGGCACCACGACCUCCAUGUUCUUCAAGCCCCCCUGCGUGUCCGUCUUCAGGUGCAACGGAUGCUGUAACAAAGAGGGUGUAUCGUGCAGAAACACAAGUACUGCCUAUGUUAAUAAAACACUGCUGAGUGUGAUACCGUUCAAAUACGGACCUGAGCCGGUGUUGAUAAAGGUAGCCAAUCACACAGAGUGUAAGUGUAUGGAACCACCCCUGAUCCGACGGCAAGCCCAUAUACGCUCUCACAGGAGGAACGGGUGCUCUCCGAUGCGUCAGCUCUCUAAAUCAGAGGACUCCAGGCGUCUGUGUGCCAGUGGGUUGAUCUGGGACUGCAUGUCCGACCGCUGUGUGUCCUACCCCUCCACUAAACAACCAGACUUCUCUCCCAAUAUGAGAACGGUGGACUGUGACAUAGAUGUUGACAGGUGUGACUGUGUCCCAGACCGCACUACACUGUCCCCACAGCCCACCUUAACCCAGGACCCAGAUCAUCCUACCCUGCAUGUCACCUGAACCAUACUGCCUGUGCUAACAACAAACAGCACUUCAACCAUGCCUCUCGCAGAUGCCAGUGAUUACUAAGAAGAAUAUAACCUUUGACAUCUGCUUGGCUUUGAAGUUUGGAAGCAGUGAAAAAGUUCAUAAUUUAAUUUAUAUCGCUAUUUAUAUAUCUAACUUCAAAUAAAAUAGUUUAUCUUUCUAACCUACAUACAUGACGUUUUACAUGUUUUAUUUACAUAUGUAAAUAAUUAGUAUUUAUAUGCACUGAACAUGUAUUUUACGCUAAAGAACAAUAUUUUUGUAAUAAUUGCUGCCAACAUUUUGUAAAUAUAAUCGAAGUUUGUCCUUUCGGUGUCUAUCCUUCUUAUUUAUAAUUAAAGUUUUAACCGUUUUGUUCAAAGUUCUCUCACCUUGUAAAGUAUAGGUCGCGACCAGACCUGUUAACGGUGGGUCGCGACGUGUUAGAGCAAAUGUAUCAUUAUUUCAUUAAUUCCUGGAAUUGAUUUGGCCAAGUACAAAUGGUCUGUGUUCAUUGCGCUCUGUCUGCUAAGCAGCCGUGUCAGUUCGGCAGCUGUGCGACUGAGAAGCCUGUGUGCUUCGCGGUUUACCGGAUCUUUUUUUUUCUGCAGUUUUAAUUGAAGAUCACUCCGCAACCAACAACGGUGCAGCGCUGUAGUUCGGCAGCAGAUGAUGCGUCGUCCGCCAAUGACUCGGUAUUCUCACUCGCCAGCUGUCAUCAAAUGUAGUCAAGCUAGCCAUACAUUCUGACAGCUCAAUCGUCAUUAAACUGAAAUACAGCGAUACGUUUCUUUCUAUUGGUUUCAUACCAACUUUGAGAAAUAACGAGGAGCGCACACAAUGUCUUUUGUCCAGGGAAGUGCUUAGUAAUGAGUCUCUCAAAACGAACACAUAAAAACAACACAUUCUGACCAAACAUCCACAGCAUGAUGGUAUACCCAGGGAGUUCUUUCAGAGCAGGGCUGAAUGCUUCAGGAAACAUCGCUUUGACAGUGGAAAAUGUGUCUUGGGGUAUCAGCCGGUUCUGUCUCCUUGACAUCAGAGUCAGACUGAGGCUCCUGCGGUGGACGACUGGUUCCGGCGCAAGGGGGAAACAUGGGGCGCCGCACAUGUCCACCUUCAGUGCGCCGUACUGCACCAGAAAAGGUGUGCAGACCGUCUCCUCAGUGAGGUCCCGGUGUUCGCACCGGGGGACAGGGUCUGGCUCUCGACCCGAAACCUGCCCCUCCGCCUGCCGGAAGCUGGGUCCGCGGUUUGUGGGGACAUUUAAAGUCCUGAGGAGAGUGAACAAGGUAUGUAACAGGUUCCAGCUUCCCCCGAGUACCGCAUUAACCCCUCGUUCCAUGUGUCUCUCCUCAGGCCGGUGGUGGCUGGCUCGCUCCAGGAGUCUGAGGUGUGGGAGGUUCCUCCACCCCCUCUGGACAUCGAGGGGGACCCGGCGUACUCCGUUCGUUCCAUACUGGAUUCGAUUCAGCCUUCGGUACCUCGUGGACUGGGAGGGGUAUAGUCCGGAGGAGAGAUGCUGGGUUCCGGUGGACGACGUGUUGGAUCCUUCUAUGCUGCGAGAUUUCCACCGUCUCCAUCCGGAUCGCCCUGCGAGUCGGUCCGCGCGUCAGCGGGGGGGUACUGUCACGGGCGGUGUUCGGCGGUCGACGUCACAGAUCUUCUUGCCAUCACUGAUCCAUUUUUCUUUUUCCAUUGGUUUUGUCUUGUCUUCCUUCACACCUGGUUCAUAUCACAUCAAUUACAUGUUGUGUAUUUAACCCUCUGUUUCCCCUCAUGUCCUUGUUGGAGAUUGUUUGAUUGUAUGUUAGUGCUAGUAUGUGUUGGUGCGCGAUGGGUUUUGUACCCAUUUUAUACAUUUUUGUAUAUUUAGGUUUUUGGAGUUUGUUUGUGAGUUCUUAUUAAAUGACUCUGUUUAUACCAA